UGGUGAGCUUAUAUUAUGGUCUGUAUGAAGUUGUAGAUCUGACUCAGACGAUAAACUUUCCUUUAUGAACAUAGAUUAUUAAUCAAGCAAUUAAUUUUCUAUUAAGGCUUAACAAAUAUAUCUCUAAUAGUCUCACAUGAUAGAUGCUUUAGGAUAAAUAUAUAAAGGAUAGUGCCUCCAUAAUCAUAUGCAUCAUUUCUAUCUCCAUCUUUGUAUGUUCUCCUCACACACAAAUUUCUGCUAUGGAGGAUCAGUUUCCCAAAAUGGAAACCUUCAUGCCCAAGGACUUGCCUUUUUAUGGUUUUCAUGGAACGGCUACAGAAUCCAAAUAUUUUCAUGAUCCAAUCAUUUGGGGAGCUCCAACUGAAACUACUACUUGUCACGACAAUGGUAAUAGUGGCAUGAAAUCAACAGCAUCAUCAUCAUCUUCUUCUGAAAGAUUCUUUUCAAGUUCCGAUUCUAGUUCAUCGGUGGAGGAGGCUUCAGGUACCAAUAAUUUGAUUGGUAACAUCCCUGGUUUUGUUGAACAGGAUGCUACCAAACAAAACCAUGCAAGUUCUCUUGUUUCAGGAUUGAGUUCUAUCAACCCUUCCUCUGGAGCUUCACUGUCUGAUAUCACAGAAAGCUCCAUUCCUGUAAAUUUCUUGGAAUCUUUUCCAAAAAUAAACCAAACUCAAGUAUCUGAACCAUCUUCUUCAUCGAAAUUCCCAAAUUUGACUUUGUUUUUGCAGGAACCUAGAUUGUUAGAUCCAUCCAGACAAACGACUACUACUGGUUCACUCAGUGAGAAUCAAAGAUUCGAGCCUAUGUUACUGUUUCCAAACACUUCAUUUUCCAUGCCCCAGCUUGGGAAAGUUCAUUGCCAACCAGGCGAUGAAUGGCUCAAAAUCAACCAAACCUUGACAGACUAUCCCACCAAAGGAUUUAAUGAUUAUUGGCUUAGCACAACCAAGACACAGCCGAUGAAAUACACAGGUCGAAGAUUGCAGAAUCAGCACCAAAAAUCCUCUCCAUCUUCGACCUCAUCUCCUGGAAAGCUGUUUAGAGGAGUUAGGCAAAGGCACUGGGGCAAAUGGGUGGCAGAGAUUAGGUUACCAAGAAACCGGACAAGGGUUUGGUUAGGGACUUUUGACACAGCAGAAGAGGCAGCUAUUGCUUAUGAUACAGCUGCCUAUAUAUUACGAGGAGAUUAUGCGCAUUUAAAUUUCCCAGAUCUUAAGCAUCAGCUUAAAGCCAAUUCUCUGAAUGGAACAACAGCAGCCCUUCUUGAAGCAAAAUUACAGUCAAUAUCACAAGGCAUUUCUGGUCAGAAGAAUCAAAAUAUUGAUCCGCCAUCAACAUCACCAAGCAAGCAUGUAUAUGAGAAUAACUCAAAGCUCAAGGGUUUGGGACAAAACCCAUCAAGAAAAGAGUGGCAAUUUGAGUUUGAGAGCAAAGUUGGAUUUGAUAGUGAAAUGAAUGAGAAAAAGAAAGCUCAGGAGGUUGUAGCAUCUGAUAUGGAUGCCGUUCAGUUAAGUAGAAUGCCUUCCUUGGACAUGGACAUGAUCUGGGAUGCUUUGUUAGUCUCUGAUUCCUGACUAUUAGCCCUUCAAUUUUUAUAUUUUCCAAUACCUUAAGAUUUAAUAGAUGUUCAUGUUGGUAUUUAUGUUUCUGCUUUUAAUAGGAUAUACUAAUUCCUGAGUUUUCCUUCUCUUUUGUUAGAUAUAGAAAGCUCAUUAACUCGGUUCCUUUUUGCUUGCU